CAAUCGUGCUGUGUCGAAUAGAUACGCACCUGUCUUUAUAGCAUUUCGUCGAUGCCGCCUUAGUACCGAAUGCACUAAACGCGAGACAACUUGCUCACUACGCGUGCGUGGCUUUCUCGGCCAUUUGCUGUCAGCUAUCGGAGCUCGGAGCAAGUUGUUCACCAUCUUUCAAGCUUGUGUGCCCAUUUGGACAAAAUGGGCAAACCCAGAGGUCUUCGUACUGCACGUAAACAUGUCAACCAUCGACGCGAUCAACGGUGGAACGACAAGGACUACAAGAAAGCGCAUUUGGGGACAAGAUGGAAGGCCAAUCCUUUCGGUGGUGCUUCCCACGCCAAAGGAAUAGUUUUAGAAAAAGUAGGAGUAGAAGCUAAACAACCAAACUCUGCUAUCCGCAAAUGCGUUAGAGUCCAGUUGAUUAAAAAUGGCAAGAAGAUAACUGCGUUUGUACCAAGGGAUGGUUGCCUCAAUAACAUCGAAGAAAAUGAUGAAGUUUUGGUGGCAGGUUUUGGCCGCAAAGGUCAUGCUGUUGGUGACAUUCCGGGAGUGCGUUUUAAAGUGGUCAAAGUUGCAAAUGUAUCUCUACUUGCUCUUUAUAAAGAGAAGAAAGAGAGACCUAGGUCCUAAGUGAUUAAUUCUCAGCUAUGUAUAUAUAAUUAAAAAUAUAUACGCAGUUUAUAAAUAUA